UCUCCUUUAAGAGUAUCUGGACCAAGAAGCCAUCAAGGAGAACGUCCAGGGACAAACCCACCCCACACCAUGAUAAGGGAGGCGACGAUAAGAACAAACCUCGUUACUGGCGCUAACGGGCAAGGCCGUGCGGAGUGUGAGGAGGAGGAUAAGGAAAGGGAGGGAGAGAAGCAGGCAGAGGCGUAAAAACCUGCCCGAUUAGCGUUAACGAAGAGGCUAAGAAGAAACGAACCUCCCGGGUCGCGCCAACGGGUGAUGGGACAGAGGAUGAGAAGAAGGAGUCCCAGCCCAUGGACGAAGACAGGGUGAUGGUGGAAGGACCCAUAGAGGAACCCCAAAACCCCAAGGUGGACAUGGACCAUGACGUUCAACAUCAGCCGGAUGAUAAACAAGUACCAAGAAGACCCCGAAAAUGCUCUUUCAAAGGGACGUAUGCCGAAGAUCUUCAAGAAGACACAACCCAACCAAAGAGCAGUUCCAGAGAGAAGGAGUACAAGUGUGUGGACUGCAAGAAGGUCUUCACAUGGGGGAGCAGCUUGACCCGGCACCGACGGAUCCACACGGGAGAAAAGCCUUUCAAAUGCCUGGAUUGCGGGAAGAGCUUCGCGCAGAGCGUGGUUCUCCUCCGUCACUGGAGGACGCACACCAAGGAGAAGCCCUUUCUCUGCACCACGUGCGGGAAACGCUUCUCCUGGCGCUCGGAUCUCAUCACCCACCAACGCAUUCACACGGGAGAGAGACCGUACGCCUGCUCGCACUGCGAGAAGACCUUCCGGAAGAGGUCUCACCUCAUGAGACAUCAGCAAGUCCUCCACGAUGGCACCGAAAGCACCCAGAUGGAGCCAAGACGACCACCCCAGGUGCUGGAGGACAAGUUGGAGAGCAAGAAGCAGACACCGGCGAGGCAAGGGGGUGGUGUGAAGGACACGAGCAAGCCGGUGGCCCGUGCCAAGCAGAAGACCCAUAAAUGCCCAGAGUGUGGGAAGACCUUCUGCUGGAGAAACAGCCUGAGACGCCACCAAAGAAAUCACACGGGAGAACGACCCUACAAAUGCCCAGAUUGCGGGAAGACCUUCAACGACUUCUCCAACCUCGUCUCCCACCAUCGGAUCCAUAAGGGAGAGAGACCCUACGAGUGCCCUGAGUGUGGGGAGUGCUUCACCCAGAACUCGAGCCUUUCCAGGCAUCGGAGGACACACACCGGAGAAAAACCUUUUUCCUGCUCUGAUUGCGGGAAAUCCUUUACCCAGAAGCAAAAACUCAUCUUGCACCAGCGGAUCCACACCGGGGAGAUGCCGUACAGCUGCCAGCGAUGCCAGAAAGCCUUUCGGAGCAGCUCCCACCUCGCCACGCACCAGCAGGUCCACGCGCAGGAGAGCUCCCACGCGUGCCUGGUCUGCGGGAAGGCAUUCAGUGCGGGCACCGAGUGUGUUCUCCAUCAGAGGACCCACUUGGAGGAGGUACCGGUGGGCCAGGGAGCUUCUCCAGGGGGUGAUGUGCCACAGAAGUAGAGGGUUGUUCCCUCCUUAGGUAGGGACUUCCACCCCUUUGAUCUCGUCCCAUGAGCCUGAUCUUGGAGGAGGAUAUUCAGAGAUGUCUGGGGAUGCUAAUGCCCCACCAAGGUUUUUUUUUGGGGGGGGGGAUGAGGGGUUGUGUGAGCCCCUCUCUGCUUUUAAACAUGAGGGCCUGCAUAUAGGUGUAAAGAGAUUUACUAGCAGGUGCCUUGGGCACAUGGACAUCGUGGCUCUUCCUUCAAGCCGGCACGUGGGACCAUCACAUCCAAGAGCCCCAGCAUCUCUAUGGGGACUUGUGGGUCCAGGGAAAGGAGAUAUUUAAGCAACGCUGCCUUCCUGGCAAAAACAGGGUGCUCCCGCGAGCCCAAAGGGAUUAUGAAGUCUUGUUAGCCAGCGGGGUCGUUAACAGGACCCAAGGUUGAACAGGACCCAAGGUUGAACAAGACCCAAGGUUGAACAGGACCCAAGGUUGACCAAGACCCAAGGUUGACCAAGACCCAAGGUUGACCAAGACCCAAGGUUGAACAGGACCCAAGGUUGAACAGGACCCAAGGUUGAACAAGACCCAAGGUUGAACAGGACCCAAGGUUGAACAAGACCCAAGGUUGAACAGGACCCAAGGUUGAACAGGACCCAAGGUUGACCAGG